AUGGCCAAGUACCCUUCAAACCCUCUGCUUCUUGUGGCUCUACUUUGUGCUUUUGCAGCUGCAGGAAUCAACAGUCUUGAUCAAAAUGGUAUUUGCAAAUCAUUGGUGGAGACACAAGGCUAUACUUGCCAAGACCAUCAAGUAACGACAGGAGAUGGUUACAUCCUUGGAUUGCAGAGGAUUCCAUCUGGACGUUCCAGUAACAAUUCGACUGCUCAGAAGCUGCCUGUUUUAUUACAACAUGGACUUACGAUGGAUGCUGCCGCAUGGCUAAUCAAUCCUCCAGAUCAAGCUUUGGCGUUUAUCUUAGCCGACAAGGGGUUUGAUGUAUGGCUUGCUAAUGCUCGAGGAACGCAGGCUAGCCGUGGACACCAAUCACUUAGUACUAAUGAUCCGACUUAUUGGGAAUGGACAUGGGAUCAAUUGGCUGCUUAUGAUCUUCCUGCUUUCUUUAAUUAUGUGAACAAUCAAACAGGACAGAAAGUACACUAUGUUGGCCAUUCACUGGGAACAUUGUCAGUAUUAGCUGCCUUGUCACAACAAAAGCUGAGUAACACACUAAGAUCAGCUGCUUUACUUAGCCCGGUUGCUUAUCUGGGUCAGAUCACCACAGUGUUGGGAAAAAUUUCUGCUCAAUCACAUUCUGCUGAUGGACUCUACGCCUCUGGUAUCCGCGAAUAUCCUCCUCAAGGGGUAGCUGGACAGAACUUGGUGACAUUUCUCUGCUCACAACCGGGUGUGGACUGCUCCAAUUUUAUGGCGGCUGUAACCGGUCCUAAUUGCUGCAUAACUCCAACAAGUUCAAAUCUUAUCUUUCAGCAUAUACCACAAUCCACUUCCACAAAAAAUAUGGUACAUUUGUCUGAAAUGAUCAGGAGAGGAACAAUAACAAUGUUUGAUUACAAUUUUCCGGCCAUUAACAUGCAACACUACAAUCAGCUUACUCCUCCGGUGUACAACAUGGCAAGCAUUUCGAAAGACGUUCCUCUUUUCUUUGGCUAUGGAGGGAGAGAUGCACUUUCGGACGUCAAUGAUGUGAAGGCUUUGCUUAAUGACCUUAGUGAUCAUGACAAGGACAAGCUUGUGGAACAAUACGUGGAGGAGUAUGCUCAUAUGGAUUUCAUUAUGGGUGGGAAUGCCAAUAAAAAAGUCUACGAUCCUCUGCUCACUUUCUUCGGGCAACAUUGA